GUAGUAAAGCUUUGAGUCAUUCGUGUGCUACAUGUCACUUCUGCCGUACUACUUGUUGCGGGAACCAACCGACUAACUUGAGGUCAAGGAAGAAUAACUGCUUAAGUUGUUGGGUACAGCUGUAAUUGACACAAGGAUGUAGGGUGCACAUACCUAUUCAUAUAUUCAACAAAAUGUUUAUCAGACUUACGUAUUGAAACUCGCUCCAACUGUUCUUGUGACCCGGUGGCUUCGACUAAUGAGGUCCUCAAUGGUGAUGCUGUCAAGCUUCUUGCUUACCGCCUUCGUUUGUUGGAGUGCUUACAGCAGAAAAAAACAGUUUUAUCCCACUCUUGUCUUUUUGACCAAUAACCAGCCGUGUGUCGUCAUUCUUCUGUUUCAGUGUGCCGUUCUCCUUUUCAUGUUCGCUAAGUUGACCACUCGCUUGUUUUUUGGUCGCUUGCAGCAAGCUGAAGUAGAUAAUCUCGUUUCGCAGUCUUGGUAUGCUUUUUUCGACAUGUGCCUGGUUUUCGCUUUCUUCCAAGAUGAACUGGGGACGGAAUUUCUGUUCCUUUUCUCUAUUUUACUAUUUGUCCGAGCUUUUCACUGGCUUAUUGAAGAACGCGUUGGCUAUAUGGAACGCACACCAGUUUUAAACGCGUUGUUUCACGUGAGGAUUUUGACUCUGAUUUUUAUUCUCGGAAUCGUGGAUGCCUUUUACAUACGAUCCACUUACUGGAAGCCGGCUUCUCAUGGAAUUACUGUCCACAUUGCUUUGGGAAUCGAGUUUUUUAUCCUGUUGCUGACGCUGUUCUCCAUCACUGUGCGCUACAUCAUGCACUCUAUCGACUCCUUCCGUGAGCAUCCAUGGGAUAAAAAAACACUGUACCUGCUGUAUGUGGACAUUGUUGUCGGUAUUGUGCGACUGGCGCUCUACACAGAAUUCACUAUCAUUAUGUGGAGGCUCCAUCCUUUCCCGUUAUUUAUUGCUCGACCCAUCUACCUUAGUAUCCGAUCUCUGAAGAAGGCCAUUCGAGACGUCAUGAUGUCACGGCGCGCUAUUCGAUACAUGAAUACCGUGUUCCGAGAUGCUACCGCUGCCGACUUGGCCUCUUCUUCCGAUACAGUGUGCAUCAUUUGUCGCGAAGAGAUGCAAGUUUCAAACUCGGAUCUGCAAGCAGAUAGAAAUACCGCACUGAAGCGUCUACCAUGCGCCCACAUUUUCCAUGUUGGUUGUUUGCGAUCGUGGUUUCAACGCCAGCAAACUUGUCCCACCUGCCGCAUGGAUAUCAUCAGGCAGGCGAGACAACAGGAAUUACAAGGUCAACAACUAAAUCCAGUUCGCGGACAAAGCGCUCCCGGUACAUCAGCUGGUACGCCGUCCACAUCCACUACGUCUACCACCAGCAGUACCAUGGCAACCUCUCCAAACACCUUAACCUCGGAUGUACAUGGGAGACCACCAUGGAUGCCUCCGGGUGGUCAGUACCCCUUCUUCUCUCCUUGGGGUACCGGGUUUCCUGGUUCCAUCCCCUCUUCUCAGUCGUCGGAAUCCCAAUCUUCCUCUGUCCCUGUGGUCCCUCCUCUAAUUCCACCAAUGCCUUUCCCUCCCUUCGUCGGAAUGCCCGUCAUCUACCCAGGUAAUCUGUUCCACGCUGCUACCUCACCAAUGCCCGAGCCUCCGGGCUGCACCCCUGACUCUAUCACCGAAGCUCGUUUACGUGCUAGUGCGGAAGCUCGCCUCACGGCAUUGCGCCAAAUCAACAUUUUGUUAAACGCUUCUGUGUUACAAAUGAACGCCUAUUUGAACGCCGUCACUCUACCUACAGACAUAGUGCUUGCACAACCCCCUGUGCCAGAACCCACUCCAACUAACGAUGUUCCAUCGGACUCAGAAACAAAGGCAAGCCUCGGUCAUGAGUUGGACACCACGCUGAACUCUACGGCUGAAAAUGAAAGUGUUGGGCAUACACCCGAAACCGAAGGAGAUGCCCAACUAACGGAACUCCGCAAGCGGCGUCUGGAGCAUUUUCGAGCAGAACCUACCAGUAACUCAUCAUCCGAUGCCAAGAACUGAACCGUGACUGCAUUCUCUAUUUGUGGUGGGCGCGUUUAUUUACUUUACCCUGGUCUUUCGCCGUCGCACGAACGAUUUCCACGCCAACCCCACUCACAUCUGUUCUCUUGGUCCGAAUCCCCAACUGACCACGGAAACUGGAAUGUUAAUUCCAACUCACCAUGAAGGCCAUCUGCCGGGUGCUUCAUUCAUGUGUUGACGGUUUCCCGUGUUUUUUCGUCUUAUUACAUGCUGUCCUAAAUGUUUGUUCUAUCCUGCUUAAUUUCGAUGACCUUACGUCCAUCCACAUGACUCCGUUACUCUCCAAGUAGUUGUUUCGUUGUGGAGUGAUGGAAAGAUUCAAUUUGCGCUCCACGGUUAGUCUUCCUAUUUUUUUCCACUUUGAAGGUUCUGCAGCCGAGCGCGAAUGAAUAGCCUUUUUCGAU